AUGGAUUGCGAGGAAGAUAUGGGUAACCUCGAGCACAACCGAACGAAACAGCUUGCGAGGAAGAGAUCCCGCAAAGGUAAAUCACAUAUCGGCUCUUCAUCUCAAAGUCGAGAUGAUUUUGAUACGGGUUACUCAAGGAUGGAUGGGGAUGCGAUGACCGACGAACAACUAGAACAAGAAUUGCACCGACAUAAUAGCCGCUUUUUUCAAGACCAAACGAGGAUCAUUGGCGGAGAAGAGCUCGAGGACGACGAUGUGGAGGAAGUAAUUCCGGAGGGCCACGACGACGACAAGGAGGAGGGUGGCGGCAGCCACGACGCCGACGAGUCUGCCUCAUCCCAAACCGGUACGAAAAAAGUAAAUUUGAACUAAUGGCUAAUAAUUUUUCUAAGUGGAAAGACCCGAACACCGGGAAUUGGACCGCAACUUGCAAUUGGUGCAAGAAAAAUUAUAGCUUGAGGAUUUCCGGCGGAUACGGAUCCGCCACAAGGCAUCUUAAGGCCAAACACCCGGUGGAGUAUGCAAAAUUAGGCGGCAGAACGGGGAAGCAAACUCAAAUAUCGAGGUUUGCAAAUAACCAACAAGCUUAUGAUGGUCUAAAAGCGAUGGGAGCAUCUUUGGAGAUAGUCAAGGGGGGAUUUGACGUAUUUGGGGUAAUGGACAACUUAGAAAAAAUGGCAUGAUUAUUUGAUAGAAAGAAGUGAGAAAUAUGUGGCUUUUCCUAAAGAUUUGUCUAUUCGUUGAAAUAGUACUUAUAAGUUAAUUGCAGUUCUUCUUAGAUAUGAACAACAUUUUCCUGCUUUUAUGAAAAAAUUCAUAAAAAAUUUGUAAUGCUUUGAUAUAUUUUAAUGAUGCAACUGAAACUUUUAGUCAUGUUUAUAAACCUACCU